UGUUACACUGACUGUCCUCAUGUCCUCCGUCAUGAUAGUCUGUGUGUGGAUUUGAAGAGCAGCUCACUAUUUGGCAGUCCCUUUUGUUUGUGAACCUUUAGGACUGCUCAUUAUUUUGCAGGCAUUCUGUUGGUGGAUGUCCAAAGCAGCUCACUAUUUGGCAGUCUUUUUCGGCUUUUCCUUAUAUGGUGUGGAUCAUCUGUCUCCAUGCUGUCCUCGUCUUUUACACUAACAGUGGAGCUGACGGGCAGCAGCUCGUUCGACUACAUCCACCCCGGCGAUCACGUGGAGAUGGCGGAGCAGCUCGGCAUGAAGCUGCCGCCGGGUCGAGGGAUGUCUCUGUCCCAGGGAGCCGUCAACGAGGACGGGGCGUCCUCGGCGUCCUCGUCGUCGCACUCAGAGACUCCUGAACCAGUGGAGUCCAGCAGUCCCAGUCUCCUGUCCCCCGACAACACCCUGGAACGUUCCUUUUUCAUCCGGAUGAAGUCGACGCUCACAAAGAGGGGCGUUCACAUCAAGUCCUCAGGAUAUAAGGUGAUCCACGUCACGGGGCGUCUUCGUAUCAGAAUGGCUCUGACUCACAGUCGCUCGGUGCCCAAUCAGAUCAUGGGGAUGGUCGUGGUGGCUCACGCUCUGCCGCCGCCCACAAUCAACGAGGUUCGCAUCGACUGCCAAAUGUUCGUGACCCGGGUCAACAUGGACCUGAAGAUUGUCUACUGUGAGAACAGAAUCAGCGACUACAUGGAUCUGACUCCGGUCGACAUCGUGGGUAAAAGAUGUUACCAGUUCAUUCACGCCGAGGACGUGGAGGGAAUCAGACAGUGUCACCUCGACUUGAUAAACAAGGGUCAGUGUGUGACAAAGUAUUACCGGUGGAUCCAGAAGAACAGCGGCUACAUCUGGAUCCAGUCCAGUGCCACCAUCGCCGUCAACGCCAAGAACGCCAGUGAUAAGAAUGUGAUCUGGGUCAACUAUGUCCUCAGUAAUCCAGAGUAUAAAGACACGCCCAUGGACAUCUCCCAGCUGCCAAACCUGCCAGAGAAAACCUCCGAGUCCUCCGAAACCUCCGACUCUGAGUCCGAGUCCAAAGAAAACUCAGACAAUGAGAAGUCUGAGGGGAAACCAGGUCACCAGGCAGAGCGUGGCGAGGACCCCGAGGUGGACAGCAAGCGUCAGCCGCAGCCCGGACAGUCGCACUGCUCCUCUGAGCCGGACAUGAAGCGUCAGGAGGAGGGAGACAGCUCCAGUAACCCCGAGAGCCAGGACAGCGACGACAGCCUGGAACCUUCAGACGCUGAGGGGGAGGAGCCAGAGGAGGCCAGCGGAGGGGGAGGCGGGGGAGGAGGAGGAGGACCAGGAAGGUUGGCGAGGAUAACAGCACUGGGAGGUUUGGGAGGAUUGGGAGGACUGGGUGCCAUCGGAGGACUCGCUAAUCUGAGCGGACUUCAUAUCAAAGUCGAGCACUACGGAGAAGGAGAAGAUCUUCAGCUGCACAACUCCCAAACGUCUUCAUCAGAGGAGGAGGGGGAGGAGGAGGAGGAGGAGGAGGAGGAGGAGGACGGAGGCCUGCAAGACUGCGAUGGCGCUGACGCUGAAGGAAAGCUCCAGAAGCGACGGAAGAGGAGGAAAGUGCAGAAAUGGGAUGUUUCGCGAAGUAGGAGGCUCCGUCUUUCCUCGCCGCCGCCGAGCCCCGUCGCCAUGGGAGACGCCACGCCACUGGCCGACCCCUCCACUGACUCCUCCCACCUCCUCGCCUCCUCCGGCUCGCCGGACAGUCAAGGAGCGACGUCCUCGGUCCUGAAGAUCAAGACGGAAAUGGCCGAGCCGAUAAACUUCGACAACGACAGCAGCAUCUGGAACUUUCCGCCCAACCGCGAGAUCUCCAGGAACGAGUCUCCGUUCAGCAUGACGUCCAAACCUGGCACCUUCCCCUCGCCACAGGGCGGCGCCCUCCAGGUGUCCAUCCCCGAUUCUGUUCUCACGCCUCCAGGAACCGAGGGCGGAGCCGGAGUAGUGAGGAAGCCUCCCUACAACGGAAGCGCCGCCCCUUCUUCUGCUUCCAGCGCUGCUAGUCUGGCGCCGCCGUCCAGCGCCUCCUCGGCCGACCCGCUGUCUCCUCCUCUUUCAGCCUCCCCGCGGGACAAACAGCAAGCCACUCCCACCACCUCCUCCUCCUCGUCCUCCUCUUCGUCCUCCUCCUCGUCGCUGCUGUACUCCGGCGACCUCGAGGCUCUGCAGCGCCUGCAGGCCGGUAACGUCGUUCUCCCGCUGGUCCACCGGGUGACGGGGACUCUGACCCCCACCAGCACGGCGGCGCCGCGCGUCUACACCACCGGGACCAUCAGGUACGCGCCGGCGGACGUCACGCUCGCCAUGGCGCAGGGGAACCUCCUCCCAAACGCCGCCAUGAACUUCGUGGACGGCUCGGGUUUCGGCCUCGACCCCAAGACGCCGAUGGAGAUGCUUUACCACCACGUCCACCGGCUCAACAUGACGGCCGCCGCCGCCGCCGGCCCCUUCGUCGGCUCCCCGGCGACGAGCGGCGCCAACGGCGGCCUGGGGGGUCAGAUGCCGACGGCGGCCAACGUCUUCACGACGGCGGAGGGACUUUUCUCCACGCUGCCGUUCCCCGUGUACAGCAACGGGAUCCACGGCACGCCGGCGAGUCUGGAGAGGAAGGAGGAUUAACGACCGCACUACUGUGUUCCCCGAUCAACGACUGUGUCAAAGACAACUAAAACACUGUGUUCCCGCCAGGAAGUGACAGGAAGUGACAGGAAGUGACCACAAACGUACUCGAGCACUUUGAAUCUGAGCCACUGAGCUGGUGUUUAAAAGACACAAAGUUUCUAUCGCUCCUCUCUUUCUCUUCAUCCUCUCCUCUUUUCUCCCGUUUCUUGCAAUCAAGCAUUUUUCCUCCCAAACAAAGAAAAAAGAACUCUUCUUCUUCUUCUUCUUCUUCUUUUUCUUUUUCUUCUUCUUGUGAAGAAUUUACUUUUUUUUGCCUCCAGAGAAUUCACUGAAGGAACGAGAGGAAACUUUUUAUGACUCGACUUGUCGUCGUUGUCGUUGUUGUUGUCGUCGUGGUCUCGAUGUGAUCGAGGCUUGAAAGAACUUUCCUCCGACAGAAACUAUCAUAAUGAUAAUCUUUUUAAAAACAGGAUUUUGGGAAACGCUUCUGUAAAGACUUUGAUUUCCUCUCUUUUUUUAUGAAACAUUCUAGCUCAGAUUUAACGGACGACGGAAAACAAACAGAAAAAAAAGCAAUUUCAAACCGGGUAACGACCUGUGAAUUAAAGAAUGUGAAGAAUUCCUCUUUGAUCCAAACGUGACCUCCUCCACGUCUCUUCCUCUCGCUCGUGUCCGUGUGCAUCCACACAUUCAUGGUGCUACGAUCAUCAAACCCUGGCUCAGCCGGCUGACGCGGGGCGUCGACGGACACGCGCUUGCCCUCUUUCUUUUUUUAAACCCGUCUUCUUUUUUUUUUUGGAGGUUUUAAAUCC